AUCGACGAAGAACAUCAGAAAUCAACCAGCAAUCAAAAUGGUCACUUCUCUUCUCUUCUGCAGUUGUUUGGUCGCUUUCUUGACCAUCGGUUCAGUCAGCAUCGAUGCUGGUCAGAUAGAAUAUUCACCCUACACUGCCGCUCUGCUGGCGCUGCUCACCGGCAAUCCGGAAUUAUAUCCGGCCGAAAACCAGUACCAGAUGAAGUAUCCCAACUACGGUGCAGCAAGAACUUACAAUGCCAGGCCGGCAUUUUAUUAUCCAACUGCUUACGGUCCAGCAUCGCAAUACGAUUUCUAUCGUCCAAACCAACUGCAGGUUAUCUCGCCAACCAAUCAACCAGCAGCAGACGAGACUGAACUUGAUUUUUUCCGUUCGGGAUCGGAGCCGCGUUUUUUCGGAAUUAAGAAACAUUUGUUGCUAUCAGCUUUGAGAGGCCCACCAGGUCCUCCUGGUCCCCCUGGCGGUGCACCGGCACCAGCUCCUGCUCCGGCUCCUGCUCCAGCUCCGACAAAUGUUGGUCCUCCUGGACCACCAGGUCCUCCCGGUCCUGCUGGUGCAGCUGGGAUUGCCGGCCCAGCAGGUCCAGCUGGUGCUGACGGUCCUCCCGGUCCAGCCGGCCCUGCAGGUGCUGACGGCCCUCCAGGCCCUGCUGGUCCUGCUGGCCCAGCAGGUCCAGCCGGUCCUGCGGGUCCCGCUGGUCCACCAGGUCCCGCAGGACCUCCUGGCCCUUAAACAUGAAGCUUAUAUCUGACUUAAUGUAUGGCAAACGAGCAAUUUGAAUCGUCCAAUUGAGCUCGCAUGUUCUCCGCGUUUUUGGUUAUCGGUAUUUUCAAAUUCAUGAAUGGGUUAUUUUUAAGGGAAUGGUGUAUUCUUCUAGAAGCAGUAUAAAUCAUCAAUCUGAAUUACUAUCCACUAGAAAAUGUAAUUGCAAUGAAUAAACGGUGCAAUCUCACAA